UUUUUCGGGAAAAUAAAUUGAUUUUCCCGGGCUUAAUACUUCGUUCACCGGAAGCUGCAAAGUAUUUAAAAUGGCAGCCCUCUGUGAUUUGGUGUCUGCAGGAUUGAUAGAGAAGGAUACAAAUAAUGAUGUUCUGUGGACCUGGUCAUAUCCCAUGGUAACUGAAGCACAAAGAGCCUUGUUCACAAGAAAAUGUUGUCUUAGUCAAAGUAGUGAACACAUUGUAGAUUUUCUAUAUAGCCAGCUUGGGAGGCAAUGGUAUUAUAUAUAUACUCACAAAGUUGAAGACAGGGACAACUUGCCAAAGGUAACCGCAUUUUCUGUUAUUCUACUAUCGAAAGACUUCAAUCCAGAAAAGUAUGAAGCCCUGUGCCAAAUUCUGUGUCAGCGUUAUUGUAAAACAGGAUCUCCGACCUCUAUACUAGAAGUCUAUCUUGCUGUUGUUACUAAAGGAAAAUGCAACAGUGAGGAAAAUGGAAAAUUUUCAACACAGGAUUAUCAGAUAAAGCAUGCCUAUGCUAAUUCCAACUUAGCAGGUGUGAUUGAGAUGUUUGGUGUGGAGACUAUACUGAUAUAUACAGCAUUGUUACUCAAGAAGAGAAUUGCUGUAUAUUUCCCUCCCCAUUCUAUAAAAGACUUAUUGCAGUUUACAAGAUCAUUACCAGCAUUUAUAUGGCACCGUCAGAAUUGGAACAUUGUUCAUCCGUAUGUGGAGCUGAUAGAGGAGGAGAUAGAUCAGCUGAAGACAAAUACACAUUAUGUUGCUGGAUUCACAGAUGCUACUAUAGAGUCCAGGAGUGAUCUGUAUGACGUGUUUGUCAAUGGUACCGCAGGACAAAUCAGCGUAGCUCCUCAUGCUAAAGAUGCUCUUGCAAUGGGAAAAUUACAUAAAGACAUAGCCAUGUUUAUGGUGAAAUUGAUCGAAGACACAGAUAUAAAUCAACAGCAAGUUAUUAAGGAUGUGGCCACUAAAACCAAAGAAUUAUUGAACAAUUUGAAAUCACUAGCUGGAGAAGAUGGCACUAUAGCGCUGGAAAGUUUAAAGGAGAGAAAAAUGCCACCAGCAACUGAAAACUUCUUGUUUAAUCUCGCUGCCUGCGAGGGACUCGUUCAGAUGUGAUUACAUUCCAUUAAUGAAAAUUCUUAUGUAUUUACUAUGCAUUAAUGCUAUUUUUUUAAAAAGAACAAUAUUUGAUUCAUUUCUAAAAAGCAAAAUUCUAUAUUUGAUUCAGUUAUUGACUGAUUUUUUUAAUGUAAUUGAUCAAAAAUGACAUUUUUUUUACAAUUCUUGAGAAAAGAUAUUCUACUGUUUAGUCCACUAGUGACACAAAAGCUCUGAAUAAGUGUGACUUCCUUUUCCAGUGUUGACAAUGUUAAUAAAAUAAAACAACAUUUGUAUAAUUACUAUAAAAAAGAGUGUGGCUGCAUGACCAAGUGGUUAACACGUCAGGAUAGUAAUAUAAGGAUUGCUGGCUGUGUGCGUUUAAACCCCGUCAGGGGCAAGCUGUUGUUUCCUUGAGCAAGAAACUUUACAUUCACUGCUUAGUACUGGUUAGUUUUAGGAACGGAUUUAGAGUGUUUCAAUAAGCUUAUAGCUUUCAAUAUACUGUAAUUAAACUGAAAUAAAUUUGUAUAAGGUAAAAAGAGAACUUAAUCUUGUUAUAUGUUUUAUUGCAAUUAUUAUGUAUUCUGCUGUUGAUUUAGUGCAAUAUUGUUAUAUCAUGACAUUCCUUGUAAUGUAAUGACUAUAUUAUAAUGUAUAAUAAAUUAUUUAUAAUUCAA